UCUGCCAGAGGAGGACGUGUGCCGGACCUGCCUCCCGUCCCAGAGUGAAAUUCGCGUCGAGUCGCGCUCGGUCUCUUAUCAGCUCGUUAUCAGCAAUGUGAAGACUUCUGUCACUCGUAGCUUUGUUGUACUUGGCUGUAGUGAUUAUAUAUUUACCGAUCGUGAUGCGGUAUCGUGUGAACUGUGCAGUUUUCUCCUAGAAGAGAUUGAGGAAAAAUUAUACAGUAAUUUAGUCUUAAAACUUGAAACUGUGCUUUUAAAACUGCAACAGAAAUUUUUGGGGUAUUAUGAUGGGUGUGGCCAGAUAAAUAUGGACAAUGUUUUGUUGAGGUGAAUUGUUGGUAACUUGUUCCGAUGAGGGGAAAGUGACUUCAAAAUAUCUAUUAGUGGUUGUACAUGCGAUUGUUGAAAAACUGUGGAAAUUAAUGCUAUUAUGCAGUGGUAUUUUGACUUGAAAAUCAUAACCUUACGUGAAUGAAAAAGUUUUUUUAUUUUAGCUUUUUUUCUUUUAUCUCGUUUAGAAGAAACUGAUAAAACAUCUCAGAGAGACGAAAGUCGUUUAUUUCCUUCGUCCAGAUACUUAGUCUCACUGGCCAAACUGUAACAGAUCUCGAACUUAAAAAUCCAGCAAGAGAUUGGUUAAUAUAAGUUGCAACAUGCUAACGAAACAUUCCUUGGACUCCGGUCUUGUUGAGAGCGGAGUGUUAAAGAAGUAUAAAAGAAUCCUGGUUGAUCUUAAUCAUCUUACGAUGUAUUAAAAAGCUUGUUGUACGAGGACUCAAGUGUUUCUGGUGAGAAAGCAAUGGAUGCAACACCUCCUUUAGGGACAACGAACAGCCAAUGCGGUGAAAAAAUCGGCGCUUGUCCCAAUUACGUAGAAAGGAAAGGCGGUAAAUAUAGUAGGAAAUGGAAGGAUGGAGCGCUUGACAGAAAAGACAGAAUGAAGACGAGGCAUCGUCCCGUCAAAUGCUUCCUUCAUUUCACCUCGAUUCUGCUGUUGUCGCUGGUCCUCCUGAUUUCUCGCCUGCCUCAGAUCGCCUCGUCCGACGUCAUUCGAGUUGGUGGUCUCUUCGACCUGAAGGAUGACGGUCAGGAGGCGGCCCUCAGGUACGCUGUCGAUUCCGUCAACAGCGACAGCACCCUCCUGGCCCACGCCAGGCUCUCGGCCCAGAUCGAGAACAUCCCCUACAGCGACUCCUUCAGGGGCUCCAGAAAAGUGUGCUCGUUGUUGAAAACCGGGGUAGCGGCCAUCCUGGGACCCCAGUCUGGCCAAACUUCGGCCCACGUCCAGUCGAUAUGCGACGCUUUAGAAAUUCCCCACAUCGAAAAUAGGUGGGACUUCCGGUUGACGAGGGACGCCUAUUCUGUCAAUCUGUAUCCCCACCCGUCUACUUUAGGUCAGGCCUACAUGGACGUGCUGAAGAGUCUAGGGUGGAAGAAAUUCUGUAUCAUCUACGAGAGUAACAACGGCCUCAUCAGAGUGCAAGAGCUCCUGAAGGAUCACUCCUUUACCAUUUCGUUGAGGCAGUUACCACUCUCGCAGGAUUACAGGCCGAUGCUGAAGGAGGCGAAGAAAGCUGGCGUGACCCACGUCGUCUUGGACGUGAAGCGAGAGAACAUCUUCAGGGUCCUGAAGCAGGCGCAGCAGAUAGGCAUGAUGACCUCCUAUCACAACUACUUCUUCACUUCUCUCGACCUUCACACAGUAGAGGUCGAGGACUUCCGACACGGGGGGACGAACAUCACCUCGAUGAGGAUAGUCGACCCUGAGAACCCUUUAGUUCAAAGGGUCAUCCACGACUGGCUCUUCGGCCAACUACGCUACGGAAAGAGCGUCGAGGCGUCUGCAGCUGAACUGAAGAAUAGCAAUAUGACAUUUCUUAAGACGGAGGUGGCGCUGAUGUACGAUGCAGUGCAGCUUUUCGCCAAAGCGCUGGACGACCUCGAUCGCUCUCGGCACAUAGAUAUCACGCCGCUCGACUGCGAUGGAGACGCAACGUGGGUACACGGGAACUCUCUCAUCAAUUACAUGAAGUGGGUCCAAGUAAACGGCCUGACGGGCCUCAUCAAAUUCGACACCGAGGGGUUUCGUCGGGACGUGUCCCUGGACAUUGUGGAGCUCACAAAAGACGGACUCAUUAAGGUGGGGAGGUGGGACCCAACCAGUGGUGCCAACUAUACCAGAUCGUUCAGCGAAGUCCAAAAAGGCAUCGUGGAAAGUUUGCAGAACAAGACUUUGAUCAUAGCGUCUGUUCUCGCUUCACCUUACACGAUGCUCAGAGAGACCUCCGAACCGAUGACCGGAAACGACAGAUACGAAGGCUUUUGUAUAGACCUCAUGCACGAGGUCUCCGAACUCCUCGGCUUCAAUUACACCUUCAAGAUGGCAGACGAUGGACGUCACGGGAAAUUCGUCAAGAAGCUGGAACGGUGGGAUGGUAUGAUCGGCGAGCUGCUAGACCAGAAAGUUGACCUAGCCAUUGGUGACCUGACCAUCACUUACGAGAGGGAGCAAGUUGUCGACUUCACCAUGCCAUGGAUGAACUUAGGCAUCAGCAUCUUGUACAGAAAGCCCACAAAGAAGCCGCCCAACCUCUUCAGCUUCCUGUCUCCUUUGUCCCUCGACGUAUGGCUCUACAUGGCUACGGCUUACCUGGCCGUAUCUCUUUUGCUCUUCGUCCUGGCAAGGUUUUCGCCCUACGAGUGGACCAACCCUCAUCCGUGUGACAAUUCCCAGGACAAACUGAACGAAUUCUCGCUCUUAAAUUGCCUCUGGUUCUGCAUCGGCUCCCUGAUGCAGCAAGGCGGCGAUAUAUUGCCAAGAGCCGUGUCGACGAGGAUCGUGGCUGGAAUGUGGUGGUUCUUCACGCUCAUCAUGAUCUCGUCCUACACGGCCAACCUGGCUGCUUUUCUCACCGUCGAGCGGAUGGAGUCUCCCAUCGAGUCAGCGGAAGAUCUGGCCAAGCAGACUCGCAUCAAGUACGGUUCCUUGUAUGGAGGGUCCACGUGGAACUUCUUCAGAACGUCCAAAAUGCCGACAUACCAGAGAAUGUUCAGUUUCAUGGAGUCCCAGAACCCUUCCGUCUACACCAAGUCAAACGAGGAGGGCGUGAAGAGGGUGCAGAAGGGAGAUGGCCAAUACGCCUACAUGAUGGAAUCUUCAAGUAUCGAGUACAUCACCGAAAGAUACUGUGACCUCACCCAGGUCGGGGGGCCCCUGGAUUCCAAGAGUUACGGCAUUGCUCUCCCACCAGGCUCGCCUUACCGAACGCUGAUCAACUCUGCAGUCUUGAAGUUGCAAGAGAUGGGGAGACUUCACGCUCUGAAGCGGCGCUGGUGGAAGGAGAAGAGAGGAGGCGGUACUUGUGAAGCGGACGAGAGCAAGAGCUCGUCCAAGGCCAACGAACUCGGGCUGAGCAACGUCGGCGGUGUCUUUGUGGUCCUGCUGGCCGGGAUGGGCCUGGCCUCCGUGGCCGCCGUCUGCGAAUUCGUCUGGAAGUCAAGGAAACUCGCUAUUGAGGAACACGCCUCCGUUUGGGCGGAGAUGAGCAAAGAGUUGAGACUGGCCCUCUCGUGCGGCUCCUCCUCCAAACCGGUGAGAAGAAGAAUGCCGGAGAAGGAGAAUGGCACCUCUAUCCUCUCCAUGAACACCUAUGGCUCUACCUACACCACUUCUCAAUACUCAUUCACGUGCAAGGAAGCUCUUUCAUGACACCUAAUGGUAA